AUGUCGAACCCCAACCCGGCGUUCUUACGGUUCACAGGCCACAAGGCCUUCGCGCAACGCCUUGUGCUGUCAACACUGACCGGCCGACCUAUCCACAUCUCGGGCAUCCGCAGUUCUUCGCCCACUGCGCCCGGUCUUGCCCCGCAUGAGAUCUCCUUCCUCCGGCUGCUCGAGGCCGUCACAAACGGUAGCUCCUUCCAGAUUUCAUACACCGGUACGACGAUAACGUACCAUCCCGGCCUCAUCACCGGUGCGAUUGCCGGCGCCGGCGCGGUCGAGGGCGACAUCAUCGAGCACAACAUCCCCUCCAAUUGCACUCGCGGCAUCUCCUACUUCCUCAUUCCUCUGGCGUUAUUGGCACCGUUUUCAAAAGCACACAUGAAUGUCCGCUUUUCCGGGCCUGGUGUCAUCACUUCCGCGACCGAGAGCGGAGACAUGUCAAUCGAUUCUUUCCGACUGGCGAUCCUCCCUCUCUACGGUCUCUUCGGCAUUCCACCUGCACGAAUAGACUUGUCCAUCAAGCAGCGAUCGUGCCCCGGCCGCGGCGACAGGAAGGGCAAUGGCAUCGUUGAGCUCCGGUUCGCCAGCCAAGUCCGCCUGCCGAAGACGCUGCACAUGAACCGCAGCUCGGGAAGGGUGAAGAAGAUAGGCGGAGUCGCAUACUGCAGUGGUGUCUCAGCUUCGAACAACAAGCGCAUGAUCCACGCCGCUCGAGGCGUCCUGAAUGCAUUAUCGAGCGACAUCAAGAUUGCGGAGGCACCGCCUGGCCGCGAUGAUGCGAGGAAUAAUGUCGGCAUAGGUUUCGGGAUGAGCCUCGUGGCUGAAUCCAGUGUUCCUGGUGUCAUCUAUUCUGCGGAUGUUGUUGCUCCCUCCGAGGGUGGUGUCUUACCAGAGGAUCUUGGUACGAGGUGUGCCUACCAGCUACUGGAAGCAAUUGACCAAGGUGGCUGUGUAAGCUGGGCGGCUGCGAAGACUGUAUUGACAUUGAUGGCGAUGGGUUCAGAAGAUGUUGGUCGGUUACGGUUGAGUAAAGCUGUCAUAGGCACAGAGGAGGUGGUCGGCCUAGCCAGGGACCUCAAGACGUUUGGGGCCAGUAGUUGGGGUCUACGAGAGGCGGAAGAUGACGAGGGCGCGGAUGUGCUCGUCUCAGUCAAGGGCUCAGGCGUUGGUAAUGUUGGCCGCAAGGUGGCGUGA